CAAGAAAAAGCUCGAAGGGACAGCGUCACUGUAGUAUACGAAGACGCCGGUACCGAGGUGAUAAAGAGAACCACCAUGGCACCAUCCCGUGCAUGACUCCUCCGUCGCCCCUUCCCCCAGGUCCUUCCCGUCUCCGUCAAUGGACAAGUCCUCAAGCCCUUUAAUUGCCAUUAUGAUAUAUUUAUUACUGCACUGCAGUGACUGCACGUGACCCUUUCCCUCUCUCUUUCUCUCCCCCUCCCCCAUCCCCCGAUCCGUGUUUCCCAACCUGCCACCACGCUCGUCCCCCAGUUGGAUCCGCUCACCUCCCUCUCUCUCUCCCCGGACGGAAUCAAUGCCGCCGCCUCCUCCAUUCCCGCUUCCACUCCUCGUCCUUUCCGCUCUACUCUCCGCGGCGGGUUCGCACCACGCCUGCUCGCCCCCUCCCCACGAUGGCCGCACGCCCCACCCGUCCUGCCCCCCGUUCCGUUCACCGCCCUCCUCCUUCCCCUUCUCUUCCUCCCCCGGGUGCGGUCACCCCUCCUUCCAGAUCAACUGCUCCUCCCCCCAUUCCCUCAUCUCUAUUCAUUCCUCCCCUUUCCUCAUCCUCGACCACCACCCCAACACCCUCCUGCUCUCCCCCUCCGUCCCCCAUUCCUCCUCCUCUGCUUGUCCUUCUCUCCCCACCGCCCCCGUUAAUCUCUCCGGCUCCCCUUUCCGCCUCUCAGCGGACAGCUGCUCCCGCCUCUUCUCCCUCCGCCCCUGCCCCCUCGCCGCCUCGGCGACCUCCUCCUGCCGCCUCUCGAGGUGGCAGCGCCUCCUCCUCUCCAAACCCCACCUCCUUCUCAACUCCUGCUUCCACGCCAGCCUCCCCCGAGCCGCCGCCGCCGCCCCCUGCCAGCACGACGUCUACGCCUCCAUCGCCGCUUUCCUGCGCUCCGGCUUCCUGGUCGAGUGGGACUCCACCUCCGACCCCUACUUCUCCAACUGCUCUUCGUGCCGGCGCGCCACCGACGGGAUCUGCGGCUUCAACGAUUCGUCUUCCUCUAAGGAUUUCCUCUGCUUUCCUUCAGCCGAUCAUCUUGGCCGCCAGCCCAACGGCGGCCCCACCCACCGUCUCCUCAUUCUAAUCACCACCCUUUUCGCCGUCGCCUGCCUUCUUGUUGUGGUGCUCUCUCUCUGGGCCGCCGCCUCCCUCCGCCGCCGCCGGGACGACCCCUGCGGUGCAGCGGGUGACCCGAUGACCGCCUUUCUCCGCCGGCACCACCUCCACCCGCCGGUGUACGCCUACGACCAGCUCCACGUCGCCACUGGCGGCUUCGACCCCCGGCGCAAGAUCGGGGACGGCGGGUUCGGGGCGGUGUACCUCGCCCAGCUUGGCGACGGCCGGAUCGCCGCCGUGAAGCGGCUCCACCGCCACCACCCGUCGGCGAGCACCAAGUCCUUCUGCAACGAGAUCCUGAUCCUCUCCUCGCUCCGUCACCCCAACCUCGUCCGCCUCCACGGCUACUGCUGCGACCCCCGCGGCCUCCUCCUAGUGUACGACUACGUCCCCAACGGCACCCUCGCUGACCACCUCCACGGCUCCCGGAGCUCCUACAGCCGGGCCGCUCUCACCUGGGCCAUCCGCGUCGACAUCGCCCUCCAGACCGCCGCUGCCCUGGAAUACCUCCACUUCUCUCUGAAGCCUCCGGUGGUCCACCGGGACAUCACGUCGGCCAACAUAUUCGUGGAGAGAGAUAUGAGGGUGAAAGUCGGCGACUUUGGUCUCUCGAGGCUGCUCUCGCUGCCGGAGGAUUCGUCGUCGGGCUCAUCGGAGUACGUCUGCUGCACGGGGCCACAGGGCACGCCGGGGUAUUUGGACCCGGAUUACCACCGGUCUUUCCGGCUGACGGAGAAGAGCGACGUGUAUAGCUUCGGCGUGGUGCUGCUGGAGCUGGUGACGGGGAUGAAGGCGGUGGACUUGGGGAGGGACCGGAGGGAGGUGGCGCUGGCCGACCUGGCGGUGGCCAAGAUCCAGGUCGGGGCGCUGCACCAGGUGGUGGACCCGGUGCUGCUGCGUCAGGGAAAGGAGGCCAUGGCGACUGUGGAGGCGGUCGCCGAGCUCGCAUUCAGGUGCGUGGCCGGGGAUAAGGAUGACCGGCCGGACGCGAGGGAGCUGGUGGAGGAGUUGAAGAGAAUUCGCAGUCGAUUACACGAUGCUCGCAUGUAAUUGGAGGAGAGGGAAAAAAAAAAAGAACUACCAAGGAGAUGCGAGUUCUGAUGAAUUCUUGUUGGUUGCGUUGGUUCCUACUACUUUCGAGUCCCAUUAGCUGGGUAACUACUAAACCGUCUACGCUGUUACUAUAGUUUCAUGCUCGGAUCACCAACCACGGGAAAUGAGAAACGAAGCAAAAUCUAAGAGAUCUUCUCAAGCUUUGGAGAUAUGUACGAGCCAGUAAAGGAAUGAAAUUGUGUUCUGCUAAAUUCACCUUCUCAGGCUUUGGUUGAAGAGGAUUGGAGAUUUGAGCUAAUAAAGGAAUUCUAUAUUGCCCAAGAAGGAGGGCCUGGUUGGUGAUUGGUGAAACACAUUAUACGUGGUAGAGAAAAUCUUUCAAGUCAUUGUUUGCAUCAAGAGAAUGUUAUCAUAUCAGAGUCCUGCAUAUGGUUAGUCGUGAUAGAACUCAUCUUAUCUCUACGUAAUUAUGUAAUUCCUUAUCUUAAUUUCCUCUGUUACUUCCUUCAUGGAUGAUGGAUCCUUGUUUUAUUGGAACUUCUAUUUUGUCCAUGUUCAGAUGGUUGGU